CAAGUCACCAGCAAUCUCUUUGACUCUCCCAACGAUGAGGCGCUGGCGCACUGUAUUAGUGCGGACUGUCGCAUGGGAGUGGACACAGCGGUGCUGCUUAAACAGAAGUUUGGAGGUGUUUCCGAGCUACUGAAACAGAGGAAGGCGCCUGGUCAAAGUGCCGUGCUACUGAGAGAAGGCCAUUUCAUCUACUAUCUAGUUACAAAACAAAGAGCCUUUCAUAAACCCACAUACACCAGUCUACUACACAGCCUUGAGGAUAUGAGGUCACAUUGUAUACAGAAUGGAGUACACAAGCUGUUGAUGCCUCGCAUUGGCUGCGGACUGGAUCAACUGGAGUGGACCAAGGUAGCCAAGAUAUUGGAACAGGUCUUUAUGGACACUGGCAUUACAAUCACAAUAUACAGCCUUCCUUGGACGACAGCAUCUAUGAACUAA